AUGGUCAUCACCGCCUGUCUGCUCCCUUUGAAGCCCCAGCCCCUCCUCCUCAUUCUGCCCUCUGGCUGUCUCUCCCCAGGAUAUGGCAAUGGCCUGGGAGCUGGGGCCUUCCCAGGGCUGGGAGCCCAGCCAGGAUUUGGGAGCAGAAAUGGUUUAGGAGUCAGUGCUUUUCCCGGGGCAGGAGCCCUGCCAGGAAUUGGAGGGAUUGUGAAACCCCAAAAACCAGGAUAUGCCAACGGGAAUGGGAUGGGAACCAGGGCCUUCCUGGGAGUUGGAGCCCAGCCAGGUCUCGCAGCUCAGAAUGGCUUUGGACCAGGCUUUGGAGAGGGUGGAAAACCCCAGAAGCCAGGUCCUGCAGCUCAGAACGGCUAUGGACCAGGCUUUGGAGGGGCCGUGAAACCCCAGAAGCCGGGCCAGGAAACCCAGAACGAAUACGGGGCAGGCUUCGGGGGGGGCAUGAAGCCCCAGAAGCCAGGAUACAUUCAGGGAAAUGGACUGGGAGCCCAGCCAGGCCCUGUGACUCAGAACGGCUAUGGACCAGGCUUUGGAGGGGCCGUGAAACCCCAGAAGCCGGGAUUUGGGAACGGCAAUGGGCUGGGUGCCCAGCCAGGCCUCCCAGCUCAGAAUGGCUACCCUGCAGGCCCCCCAGCUCAGAAUGGCUACGGAGCAGGCCCUCAGGUUCCUAUCGGUUACGGACCAGGCAUUGGUGAGGGCAUGAAGCUGCAGAAGCCAGUUUACAGGAACGGGCUGGCAGCCGGAGCCUUCCCAGGCCAAAGGGCCCAGCCAGGAUCCCCGCCAGGGGCCGGGCUGCAAAUCCCAGCAGGUCUGGGAGAGGGUGUGAAACCUCAGAAGCCAGGAUAUGGCAACGGAAACGGGCUGGGGGCCCAGCCAGCACCAACUGCAGCCAUCCAGUGGGGACUGAAACCUCAGAAAGCAGGGUACCAGCCUCUGAAUGGCUAUGGACCAGGAGCAGAAGUGGGCUUUGGUGGUGGCCUUCAGCCCCAGAAAGUCGGGUUUGGUUACUGGAAUGGUGGUCUGGGAGCUGGGGUCUUCCCUGAGGCCCACCCGCAGCCAGGGUUCCCUGGGGCCAAUGGCUUUAGGAAUGGGUAUGAGGAGGAAGUGCUUGUGGACUCCAGAGCAGCAGCUCCAGCCCCUGAAGGAAAUGGUCAGGCCGCUUCCCUGAGGGGCUUUCCCUGGCCCUCCCUCCAGCCCUGGGGAGCUGCCCUGAAGCCUGGAUAUGCUGCUGGAGGCACAUAUCCAGGGGUCAGCAGCCAGCCAGGGCCCUAUGGGCAACUGAGGCCAGACCUGGGCCCCGGGCCUUUCGGGGGCCCUGAGGUGAAGAGAGACAUCAGUGACCUGCUGGGAAAUGGCUAUGGAGGCCGCUGCCCUCUUGGGAAAUGCUAAGCACUGGAGCCCAUCCCCCACCCAUCCUGAGCGCCUCUGGGCAGAGCCUGGGCAGCCAGGCAAGGAUGGCCAGACCCUCAGGCUCAGCCUCUGGCCCGGCUGAAGUAUUAAUAAAGGCAGUGUGCUUCCCUCUUUGCCUCUGUGUGCCGUGGGGGCAGGGAUCAGCUGGCUGGGGUGGGGCACCUGGGCCUGUAGCCUCCACCCAGCACCUCCUUCCAUUCAUUCAUUCAUUCAUUCAUUCAACAAACGUCAAUGUGGCUGUGUGCCAGGGCUGUACUCCAAGGGGAGAGGUGUGAGAACAGAACACACUCAGCCCUGCCCUUGGGGAGGGAGCAUCGCUGGGUCACAAUCUAGUGGGGGAACCACAUCCAUUUAGGGGAC